AUGAGUGAUGACCUCAUAUUGACCGCUUCAGGAGAAUCUCAUUCUCCAGGAAAUAUUAUGUCUUCCAACUUUACCGUAGAGUCACAGGAACCUCCAAAGCAGAAUAAAAAGAGAUUUUUUAACUCUAAAAUUAUCAUCAUCAUCAUCUUCUUUCUGGUGAUUCUAAUAACUACGCUGGCCACAAUUUUAGCAGUUGAAAAACGCAAACCUCCCACUGAACACACGUCAUGCCAGGAUGACUGGAUUGGUUUCCUGGGAAAGUGCUUCUAUUUCUCGGAAAAUACAACGACCUGGGCAUCAAGUCAGAGCUUCUGUGCCUCCCAUGCAGCAACUCUUGCUGUAUUCAACACCACAAAAGAACUGGAUUUCCUGAUGCGUUAUUCUGACUACUCUCAAUACUGGAUUGGACUGAGCCGAAAACCAGGACAGACUUGGCAGUGGAUAGACGGGACCAUAUACAGUGAUCGGUUUAAAAUAAUUGGAAUUGGAGAAUGCGCCUAUUUACACAAAACUGGGAUCAGCAGUGCUAGCGGCCAUUUGGUUAGAAAGUGGAUUUGCAGCAAACCAGAGACAAACACACCAAGAAGUUAAGACACCAGAGAUCUGCGAUCUUUUUACAUAAAACAUAGCUUCUUUCCCUCUGAAAGAACUAUAUUACAUUAAUAUAAAUGUACAUGAAAUUCAUGUUUAGAAAUUUUCCUUUCUGCUCACUCCAAAUUUCUCACUCUAUUUUUUCUAUAAGUAUUCUGGAUUCUUAGCAUUCAGGACACAUAACCACUAUAUUUAAAAUUCUCAGAUCUAUAGAAUACGAUUUCUAAUAUAUAAUGCAUUAUAAUAUGAAUGAAAAUUUUAGUUACAUUUUAAGACAUUUAAUUCUAUGAAUUCAUGCUAACCAU